AGUAAUCAUGAAUUUACUCUCGCAUUUGUUUUAGUUUCACUUACACGCCUUGUUUUCGUUUCCAUUAUUUACUUGUUUCGCUUUCAGUUUCUUCCUUUUGGCUAAAAGUGAAACAGAAGACGACACACAUUAGCAAAUUAUUAGAAAGUUUGAAUUUAAAUUAAAGUGCAAUGGAGAAGCCUUUGCUGCUGGACAGCCAGGAGUCUGUAGAGGGCGAAGACGAACAUUUAGAGGAUGAGAAUCAAUUGGACAAGUUCACGGUGCGGCUGAAUGGACAACACGAUCUGGAGCAGCGGCUGCGUGACUUCAAGGCUGCCUGCGAGGCGCAUGAAAAACAUGCCAGGCGACGCAAGCGGCGGCGCUACUACCACAUGGGACUGAUGGCCAAACUGGUGACGGAGACAACGCCCGACGAGCUGCGACGUAUGCUGGAGAAUGGCACCUACACCUUUCAUGUGGACGCCGUGUCCAACAAGCCCGAGGAGCUCAAUGCCAUACUGGAGACGCUACACCUUGCCAUUGCGGAGCAUAUCGAGGAGCGGGAGCUGCGCCUAGCCACCGGCCUGGCUCUGGAGAUCAAUGGCGAGUGCUGUCGAGUGGGCAGACUGCGAAACAACUCCGCUGUGAUGCUGGCACGGGGCGCUGUCGUGACGCUGACCACGAACGAGGAAUAUCGCUACGGGGGCUACAAGGAGAUAAUCUUUGUGAUCAAUCUUCUGGCGUAUCUAAAGUCAGUCAAGAUCAACGACAUUCUGCUGAUUGGCCAUGAGGUGCGCUGCCGUGUGGUGAAGACGCUGCGCGAGGCCCUCACCGUGCUGAUCAUCGAUGCGGGUCUGCUAACGGGCUACGACUUUAUAGAGCUGCCAAGACAGUGCCAUGCGCUGGAUCCUGCUGUGUAUCCAGACCUCUACAUGCGGGACCUAAAGCUGGCCACUGAGCUGAAGGCCAACUUUGUGGUGCUGCCGAAAAUACGCUGCAAAAACUUCCUGAAGGCCGUUCGGCGGUCCAUCAAGGAGGAGUUUGACCUGAAGCUGAUUGGAAUGAUCGAUUUUGAGUAUGUGCGCACGAACAUGCUGGAUCUGCUGGGCAUUAUCAAGCUGUUGGAUUACAUCUGGAUACCGGACAUGUUCAAUGUGAGUUGCUGCGUCUACAACUACAUCAUGGAGGAUGUGCUGCCCAUUGCGCAGUGCCAGAAGAAGCCGGUGAUUGGCACGGUGCCACUCGAGCGCUGCAGCGACUUUAAGCGCUUCGAGUUGCACGAGUUCCUGUGGAAGAUCGACUGCAUACACAUCCAGAAGAGUGCGUGGUGCAACAAGUAUCCGUUGAUUGUCAAGAAACUUAUGCCCAUUCGCGACUAUCGCGUCGGCGUGGUCCAGAACAAGAUGACAGUGAAGAACAUUCUGACCUCGUUCCAGACGAUUGUGAACUUUAUCAUACGCACAAUCAGCUCCAUCGAGUGCCAAGCGGUGUUCAUCUUCACCAAGUGCGAGAAUGCCAGCGUUGCCUUGGCUCGCACAGAGAUAUAUUGCCCUGUUUUCCUUAUGAUGCCGCUGCUGGAUGAGGACGAUGAGGCCACCAUCAAGUGUCACUUUGAUCACGCUCGAGCGCUGCAUCUGCGCCGCAACAUGCAUCCCGUGCUGUACACGAAGGACCUGAACGAAUGCAACUACAGUCCGAUCGAGUUUGGUGUGGAUUACAUGCGGCGCAAGGGCUGCCUCGAGGUGGGUGACUUUGUGGUCACCCUGGAGGUGGGCAAGGAGGAUGAGGAGAAUGUGGUCAUUGGCAUUGGCGAGGAUGUGUGCAUUCUUCGCGCCUUCUACGUGUCUCCCGUGGAUGGUUGCGAGAAGUUCAAAUAUGGCACGUAAAGCAGGAGACUUUGUUUCGUGCAUUUGUGCAGAUUUAACUCCAAAUUAAAUAGUAACAGUAUUACUCA